AUGAUUCGGUCUGUCAAGCGCUGUUUGAUCAAAAUUGUUGGGCGAGCAUUGGUCUCAUACGACGAGUUAACAACCUUGAUUAUCGAAAUUGAAAAUGUAAUAAAUUCUCGUCCUAUUACAUACGUUGUAGAUGAUAGCGACGGAAUAUCAUACCCUCUUACACCGUCUCAGUUAGUAAAUGGCAGAAACUUGAACAGCUCUCCGAAUGAUGCACAUUUUGAGAUCAUAAAUACGUACCAAGGUUUAUCAAGACGGGCUAAAUAUCACAGACAAUUAUUAUCGCAAUUUUGCAAUCGAUGGAAAAAUGAAUAUUUGCUUAGUUUGAUGGAAAAAUAUAGGCCCUCAGAUGAUUCUAUGUUUAAUCCAGAUAUCAAGGUCAAUGACAUAUGUAUAUUACGCAAUUCUCAAGUCAAGAGAGCCUUUUGGAAACUUUGUAAGGUUGAACAGUUAGUUACAGGUAGAGAUGGCUCAGUCAGAUCAGCACAAGUUUCAGUUUUAUCGCAUGGCAGUAAGAAGUUGUUUUUAAGAUCUUUGAAGCAGUUAGUUCCUCUAGAAAUAAGAGCUACGUCCACGCCUGAUAAGCAUUCAUCAAUUGAAGCUAGUCCCACUGUGACGCAAGCGCCAAGCACUAACGCGCAAGCGCAGAAUAUCACAACGCAUGCUCACAAUCAACAGUCCGGUAGAGCUAGACGGAACGCAGCGGUUAUUGGUGAAUUAAUACGUAAAUACAGAUCCUGA